AUGGCCGAGGUCACCGAUAAAGAUCCAUUGGCUCUUCGCGGACGUAUUCUCAAAGAAUUCGAGAAAGUACAAGCAGAAAUCGCAACAAAGCCGGAAUUGUGGAGAAAAUGGAGUUUCGAAGCUCACGAAAGGUUGCGUGAAGCUAUGGGAGUGGACUUCCUGGACUAUCCGGAACUCGAAUUCUGGUUCUCGAGAUUUCUUCAAGGAAAUUUUGAAUUGGACUAUGAUAGAAGUUCCGAUCCAAAAGCCCGUUCGAUCAUCGACUUGCCACUAGACGUUUUUAAUAAAAUUGGUGAAUACUUGCAGCUAAAAGACAGAAUGCAUCUCCGUGAUGUGUGCAAGGAUUUUCGAUAUCAAGUCGAUAACUGGGAUCUGAAACUAGACGAGAUUUUCUAUAACGGUGCGAAUGAAUGGAGAGUCACACCGACGUUGGGACAAAGAUCGUUUUGGGUGUGCAAUUAUGGACAAAAUGAAGAAAACAUAUUCAGUUAUUGUCCUUAUCGGAAUCCAACUUCUUUUGUGAUGGGUGCGCUGAAGCUCCCGAAACUUCAAGUGGAUAAAUUGACGAUUUUGGAUCAAGAUAUAUAUUGGAAUGAAUUGAUUGAAGAGCUGAACAAAUCAAAUCAGAAACUUCAUGUAAAGAAGGUCGAAUUUCCAUUUUAUUCAUCAAAAAUUGAUUUGCAUUUUAUGAUUCCCACAGUACUCGAAGAGAUCACAAUGGUCCUCUGGAAUCCAACACGCGAAGAAAUGUCUAAAAUUAUUGAAUCGGAGCAAUGUCAAUCAGCAAAAAUGGUUUAUAUUGAGAGUGGCGCCUGCACUUCUAGAUUUCCAUUGGAUGCUCUAUACAAUUGCCCAAGAUUCACUUUGCGACUCAGAGAAAAACCUGCAGACGGUUUGAAAUCGAAAUUUCUUAAGGCACUCAUGAAAUACGGUGAUGUUAAAAAAUGCGUUCUCUACGCGGAGAGAGAAAUCUUGAGCUAUUUCAAUGAACCAGAGGUUAAGGUUCCGAACUUUCCGUCGCUCCGUCGUUACCCAAUUUCUGGAACCAAUGAUUUCUACGAACUCGAACAUGUAGUGGAAGUUAACCGUUAUAGACACCAAGAGGAGUUCGUUUCCCUCGAAAGAAAACAUUAA